AUGUCGAAUUCAGAAAUAGUUUUAAAAAAUUGGUCGUACAGGAAAGAUGGAACUGAAGAAUGGUUCCAAUCUCGUAAGGAAGCUGCUUGCACCGAGAUCUUUGCUGAUUUGUUGAAUAAUGGACAGAUUCCUGAUCCAUUUCUUGAUACCAAUGAACGUGACGUACAAUGGGUUGGUGAACAGGAUUGGCAGUACCUGAACUCUUUUGAAGUGGACUCUGCUUUGAAAGACCUUGAAAAUCACGAAUUGGUCUUUGAAGGUUUGGAUACGUUCGCUACGGUUUGGCUCAACGGUAAAGAGUUAUUGAAAGCAAAUAACAUGUUUGUGGAAUAUCGAGUCGACGCUAAACCUCACUUGAACUUUGGUGGAGUGAACGAGUUGCUAAUCAAGUUCGACAGUGCAUUAAGAACUAGUCGUAGUUUGGAGAAAAAACAUGGUCAAUAUAAAUGUUUCAAUGGUGAAACUUCUCGUUUACAAGUUAGAAAAGCUCAAUAUCACUAUGGUUGGGAUUGGGGGCCCAUUUUAAUGACUUGCGGUCCUCAUCUUCCAGUUAAACUUGUUUCUUUCAAUUCGAUCAUUGAUGAUGUUUAUGUUAAUUCCCAAAUUUCGGAAAAAUUGAAUGCAACUAUCGACGUGCAAACAGAUAUCAGAACCAAAUCUCAAGUCGCUAUUGACAUUGAAGUGAUUUCACCUUCUGGUAAGGUCAUUGAGAAAGCCGCUAGCAAAGUAGAUAAAAAUGGCUUGGAUUCCUUUAAAUUCGAUAUUCAAAAUCCUGAAUUAUGGUAUCCUCUUGGUCAUGGUGAAGCCUCUUUGUACACAUUUAAAGUUACUUUAUCGAAUCUGAAAGAAAUUCAAACAGUAAUUAAAAAGGUAGGUUUAAGAAGAGUUGAAUUGGUUCAAGAAAAACUUAUCGAUCAACCAGGUACUAGUUUUUAUUUCAAAGUCAACAAUAUUCCAAUUUAUUCGACUGGUUCAAAUUGGAUUCCUUGUCACUCAAUGAAAACUUUGAUGACAGACCAAGACUACACUGACUGGUUACAGUUAGCAGUAGAUGGUAAUCAAAAUAUGAUAAGAGUCUGGGGUGGGGGGUAUUACGAAACAGAUAUCUUUUAUGAUGAAUGUGACCGCCUUGGAUUACUUGUUUGGCAAGAUUUCAUGUUUGCUUGUGGCCAAUAUCCAGGUUUCCCAGAAUUCAUUGAAACGUGUAAGCCCGAAUUCGACCAUCAAAUCAAACGUCUUAGAAAUCAUGCUUGUAUGGCAGUAUAUGCGGGUAAUAAUGAAGACUAUCAAGUUGCUGAAAACUUUGGUUUACAUUGGGAUCAAAACGAUCAUUCUGGGGAUUAUUCAAAAACAGACUUCCCAGCUCGUACAAUUUACGAAAAAGUCAUUCCAGAUGCACUCAAGAGCUUGAACCCGCAAGUCCCAUAUCAUCCAGGAUCUCCUUGGGGUGGUAGUCAUACCACUGAUCCAACUAUUGGAGAUAUCCAUCAAUGGAAUGUUUGGCAUGGAACACAAGAAAAGUAUCAAGAUUGGUAUAAAUUAGGUGGUCGGUUUAUCUCAGAAUUCGGUAUGGAAGCCUUACCUAAUCGUAAAACAUACGAAGAUUGUAUAACUGAUAAGACCGAACUAUAUCCCCAAAGUGAAUCAAUUGACCAUCAUAAUAAAUCUGAUGGGUUUGAACGUCGUUUGGCCUUAUAUGUUUUCGAGAAUAUUAAAGUAGAAGGUUUGGAUUUAGAUUCUUGGAUAUAUGCUACUCAAUUGAUGCAAGCCGAAUGUCUUGGUUAUGCCUAUAGAUGUUGGAGACGUGAAUGGCGUGGUGAAGGUAAACGCUAUACAAGUGGUGCAAUCGUUUGGCAAAUUAAUGAUUGUUGGCCAGUGGCUUCUUGGGCAAUUAUUGAUUUUUAUAAAAGGCCAAAAUUGGGAUACUAUUCAGUCAAGCGUGAAAGUCAUCCAAUUGGUGUUGGACUUUACAGAAAUGAGAAGAAAUUUACUCAUGAGCAAGCCAAGCCAGUGUCUAAAGAAGGUGCUCCUCAUGAUUAUAGUAAAACUGAGUAUAACGUUGACAUUUGGGGGGUAAAUGCUACCACAGAACCAUUACCCUCAACUUUAAAAAUCGACAUCUACAAUGUUACCCUGGGGGAUAUCAUUGAGUCACUUCCUGACAAGCCAGUUACUUUAUCAGCCAAUGCUACUACUGAAUUUGUAGAAUCACACCCAAUAUCAAAUGAUGUUCCAGUAGUAAUUUACGCUAGAUUAGUUGAUAACAAAGGAAAUAUCAUUGCUGGUGCUGCUGAUUGGCCUCAACCGUUGAAAUAUCUCAAGUUCAACGAUAGAAAAGUUGAUUUCACCGUUGAGAAUGGCCAAAUAAGACUUAGAGCCAACAAUCCAGUCAAAGGUGUUGAAAUAAUCGUCGAAAGAGACGUUUUCUUACAAGAUAACGGUUUUGAUUUGUUCCCAGGCGACGACAAAAUCGUGGUUGCCAAAGACUUAAAGGCCACUGAUAAAGUAUCGAUUAGAUAUUACCAACAAGCAAAAAAAUAG